AUGCCUGCGGUAGCAAUGGACGACUUUGUGGUUUCUGGCCAUUCGCGGAGUUUCCUCUUUGCAGAUGCCGAUCACCAUGUUGGCAUACCGUCUGGGCUGGUGGCCCACGGGCAGGUGCUGCGAUCACAGAGCCCGGUGGCGCUCUUCCUGGCAGGGAAGACCAGUGCCCAAGAGCUGCUGCGCAGCGGCCCAAACGGCGGCACCAUGCCCAUCCACACGGCGGCAGCCGUGGCACACAAGCUGCUGGGUUGUGGAGGCUAUCCCAGCGACAAUACGCUGCUGGGAGUGGGGUACCAGAAUGCCGAGGCCAUCACCAUGAACCCCGAGAUGCGAAUCCGCACCAAGCUCCGCAACACGGGCAUGUCCGCUGCCGAGGAUCCAGAUGCCCUUGAAGAGAUGUGGUCAAGCCGCUUUGAUAGGCAGUGGCGAAGGGGCUUAGAUGUCGCGGCAGCCAAUGAGUGUCGGCGUCGGUCACGUAAAGCAAAAGCAGCACCAGUGGAGCUCGGUGACAAGGGCUCGGCUUUCAAGCCCUGGGAGUUGCAACGUGGGGUGCUGCGAGCCUUGGAUGGAUUCAUGGUCUUCGGCCGCGUUCCCAAGGAGGCCUUCUGCUACCGCGCGCUGUUGCAAGGGGACUCGGAGCAAGGGCUACUGAGGCUCUAUGUCAACGAGUCCUGCUUGCCAGCGGACGCGCCAGAGCUACCCCAGGGCCCAGCGCCGGCCUCUGUGGUGCAUGAACCUGGGCUGUUGUUACGCAUGGAACUACCUAAAACAAGAAGUUUCGGCUACCAGAAUAGAAGGUUAGGUUGUAUAAAAACACAUAAAAUCGCCUUACUGUGA